CAUGUCGUCAUUGCGCAGAUUCAGUUUGAACCAAAAGCAGAGUGACCUUCCUCUGGUAUCAGUACAGUAGCUACAGUAGAGGGGCGGUUGUAGCUACUGAAGUAAUACACCGAACCGGUGACAGCACACCAGUUCCCUGCACACUAGUCUAGAAAUGAACAGCAACUUAGCCGGAGAUGAAGUUGGGAAACUGUUUGUGGGUGGCUUGGACUGGAGUACAACACAGGAAACUUUGAGAAACUAUUUCUCGCAGUAUGGGGAAGUAGUUGAUUGUGUCAUCAUGAAGGACAAAACCACAAAUCAGUCCCGGGGCUUUGGUUUUGUCAAAUUCAAAGACCCCAACUGUGUCCGGACUGUACUGGAGACCAAACCCCAUAAUCUCGAUGGCAGAAAUAUUGACCCGAAGCCAUGUACUCCCAGAGGAAUGCAACCUGAAAAAGUACGAACUAAGGACGGCUGGAAGGGCAGCAAAGCUGACAGCAAUAAAUCAAAGAAGAUCUUUGUCGGCGGAAUCCCCCAUAACUGUGGUGAACCAGAACUCCGGGAAUAUUUCAAUAGAUUUGGAGUGGUCACAGAGGUGGUAAUGAUCUAUGACGCGGAGAAACAGAGGCCCCGAGGUUUUGGAUUUAUUACUUUCGAGGCCGAACAAUCAGUGGACCAGGCUGUCAACAUGCAUUUUCACGACAUCAUGGGCAAAAAAGUGGAAGUGAAAAAGGCUGAACCUCGGGACAGCAACGCUCCUGGCCAGCUUGGACCUAACCAAUGGGGACCCAGAGGCAUCCUGAGUGCAGCCAAUGGUUGGUCGGCACAGCCUGCCCAGGGCUGGCAGCAGAGUUAUGGGCCUCCGGGAGUUUGGGUGUCUACAGGCCAGCCCUUGGGUGGGUACGGGCCCCCUUUAUCUGCGGGUCGUGGAGCUCCCGCACAGCCCCCCUCGCCAUUCAACGCAUUCCUCGUCACAGCGGCCCCGGCGGGGGGGUUUGGGGCACCUCAGGCCUACGCUCAACAGGGAUACAGUACACCACCUCAGUUUGGGUACAGUUUUGGCACGCCUCAUGGUGACCAGUAUGCACCACAAGGAGUGCCGCCCCCACCCACGACUCCAGGAACAGGGCCGCUAGGGUUUGCUCCAGCCACCACACCUACUCAGGACAUGAGCAAAGCACCCACGGGACAGCCAGACUUCCCUUACAGCCAGUAUGGCCUGGGUAACUACCCUCAGGAGCCCUCUUCCUACGGACCAACGCGUCCUUCUCACAGUAAUGGUCAGGAUGUGCAGGGAGGAAGUAGUGCAGGUUAUGGUCAGGACCUGAGUGGGUUUGGGCAUACUUUCGCAGACCCCAGCCAGCAGACUGCCUCUUACGGGGCACCAACAGCACAACCGGCAGUGGGACCCCAGGCUGCCGCAGCCGUUUUUGCUCGUGUACAGAAUCACAACGUAACGGGCUUCCAUCCAUACCGGCGCUGAGCGUCUCCAACCGCCACAGCGCUCAGUUCUAAAGUCAGGGAAAUGUGUUCUGGUGAUAAGCAAAACUGGAUUUCUGGAUUGAUGUUUUUUGGGACACAAAUACACACAAUUUGAGAAAAAGUGAACUCAUAAAACCAGGGAUUCCAAUUACUUCUGUUACAAUGUCACUUGAUGUAAAAGUUGAUGUAAGACUUUUGCAUAACCUGUUGAAAUGAAAUAACCUUUGUUUCUCCCCCCCAUGUUUUAUAGUAGGACUUAACUACUUUGCAAUAGGUUUUGAUUUUCUGGUCAAACAAUAGCACAGAGAUUGGAAAAAUUAUAUAUAUAUAUAUAAGGAUAUGUAUAUUUAUGCUGGAUACAGAAAUGAAAACAGGGUCUCAAGUUUCCUCAGCUUUAAAUUCUAGGGAAAAUGUUUUUAUUUUUCAUUUGGUGGAUUUUGUUUACUUUCUGAGCCUUUAUUUUAAAGUUUGUUUAAAAUGGAAAAUAUGAAUAUAUAUAUAUAUUAUACACAAUCUGUGCAAUUUUUUAAGACAAUUUUGUACUAAAAAUGUACACUUUGCUUGUUUUUUAUUUAAAGAUGUAGACUUCCCUCAGGUGGCUGUUUGAGUGCAUUUUUCACUUAUGCAAAAAGAAAGGAACUUAUUUCAAAUAAAAGAUAUCCUGCCUCUG